AUGCUGGCAACCGUCGUGGCCACCUUCUUGCUGCUGUUGGCGCUCAACGCGGCCUCAGGCGCAGCCGACUACCAGAGAUUUACCGUACGAGUAGUGUGGCCCGGUGGCACCAACUGCUCCGCCCCCUUGAGCGCUGCCUGCAAUGAUACUGGUUGGGCGGCCUCGGACCCGAGCCAGGGAGGCGGUGACUGGAGCGGCGGCUCCAAGUCUUUCUCCAACCCACUUCCGGCCAACAUGCGAAUCGGCUGGGUGGAGGUCGAUCUCUAUGGUCGCUUUGAAUGCUCGCCAAAUGAAACACACACGGCGUUCGAUGUGCAGGUGCAAAAAGAGGCGAUUGCCUCCCUUGAGUUCCAAGCCAAUGCGAGCAAGUGUCAGGGGUGCCGGAACUGCGGAUAUCUGCAUAAGGCCACCUCUCGACAUUAUGGGACUGCUGGUCUGCCGGAUUACGAUUACGGCCCCCAGGCACCCAACAUCCUCUCGCUUCAGCUGCACUCUGGCCUGCUCGUGCUCAACGCGGCAGACAUCCACAUCUAUGCCAAGGACUCGACCGGAGGCUCGAAUAUUGACAUGAGCCGGUGGGAGUUCAUCGCUAUUCUAAUAUCUGCGUUAAUCGGCGUUGUCAUUCUGGUGUCGACCAUCUGCUUCGGCAUCAUUCUAUUCCUCAAGUCGCGCGGAAGGCUUCGGCGGAGUCGAUACACCGAGAUCCCCGGUAAAGCGGCGCGUGGGAGCAAGGGCGAAGGGACAAGCGGACGAGACAGCACCUACGACGACGACGAUGACGGUGAUUGCGAGUCCAAGCCACCGACCCGUGACACGAUCAACAACCUUACCGGGUCGGACGAGCUGCUGGUAACCACGGAGAACACUGCCUUGCUAUCUAACACGCCUACGGGCAACCUGGGCAAUCCGGCCAAAGCCAAGGAAGUCCUCGGCGCCGAGCGUGGCCACCACCACGGACGGCCACGCAAGCGGAGCGCCGCUGGACAGAACUGGAAGAAGCAGAUCCAAGUAACUGAAAUCAAGAUUCUCGGUCGUAUCGGCCGAGGCAGCUAUGGUGAUGUCUUCAAGGGAGUGUGGCAGGGGACGGUGGUAGCGGUAAAGAAGCUUCCUGGCUACUUCAUCGAGCUCAGAGAAGAGGAAUCCGCUGCGUUCCUAGACAACUUCCAGAAGGAGGCCUCCAUUAUGAAAUCGUUGCAUCACCCCAACAUUUUACAACUUCUGUCAACGUACAUGGAGCCUCCCGAUUUGUGUCUCGUUAUGGAGUACAUGCCCAAGGGGUCCCUCUACAAGAUACUGCACGACCAGACAGUGCAAUUGGACUGGCCCAUCGUCCGUAAGAUCUUGCUCGAUGCUGCGAAGGGCAUGGCCUACCUUCACGGCUGCGAGCCUGUUGUGAUCCAUCGGGAUCUCAAAUCGCACAACCUGCUGAUCGACAAUAACUGGACAUGCAAGGUGUGCGACUUUGGCUUGUCUAAGAUAUUGACCGAUCGACCCACAACCUCGCAGAUGACCUCCUGCGGCACUCCCUCAUGGACCGCGCCGGAAGUGCUCCGAAACGACCGCUACACCGAGAAGGCUGACGUCUUCGGCUUUGGCGUAGUUGUCUGGGAGUGUGUCACGCGUCAGGACCCUCACCCCGGCAUGCCCCCGUUUCAGGCCAUGCAUGUGCUCACGCCUUCGUCGCUCUUUGUGGUUCAGGUGGUGCUCGAAGUGGGUUCGAAGCAUCUUCGACCCGAGAUCCCGAGCACUGCGCCAACGCCGCUGCAGGACCUCAUGCGGAGCUGUUGGUCGGAGGACCCCGCCCAGCGCCCGUCGUUUCAGGAGAUCGUGCGCCUCCUGAUAUCGAUGAAGGUGCACGCGCUCUAUCCUCCGGCUGCAGCCGGCGACGGCGUGGAGGCCGACAUCGUACGGGAGGGCAGUGAAGACGAACAACACCACCAUCAACGUUCCGUUACCGACGACGGGACUGGAGAAGAUGAGGGGCCUGUUCGUCCAGUCAUGCUGUACAGCCCGAGCGCCGAACUGCGCGCACCGCACGAGGAGGCGAUCUCGUCUUCGUCGUGA